UACGCGCGUCCAUUCCAAGUGAAGGCGGCCAUUGUCGAUCAAACUCAUGAGGCGCACUUUGUACUUCACCCUGCCAGUGUUGGCCAACAUUGUGACCGCGUGUGCGGGCUACACCCUACGGAGCUCGGUCUCCUGGGCGGUCUCCUCCAACGAUGUGGUGGAGGACGCCGACUUGUCGGAGGAGGUCGCUCCGGCCUUGCUGGUGGACGGUGGCGGGCUGUGGAAGCAGGCGUACCCGGCGGGCGCAGAGAAGCGUCCCGGGGAGCGAGCGGAACCCGAGGGCGACGCCGGUGGGGCGCCGCGUCCCGCUCGCCUCUUCUCCUAUCGCACGGAGAAGGUGACGGUGGCGGGCAGCGGGCCUCCCCCGCACCGGGAGACCGCAAAAACGGCCAGAUACAUCGCUCAUAGCAGCGACUGGGGCUUCCUGGCCACCAUUUCUAGCCAAGUCAAGAUCAAACGUCUGCCCUUCGGGAACAUUUUCUCCACCAGCGAUGGACCGCCGGACAACAGCACAGGCGUCAUCUACUUUUACGUGACGCCCAUGGACAACACGGUGUCUGACCUGAAAAUCGACCCCUACGCUUCCCUCACUUUCUCAGAGGCUGAGGGGGAUUUCUGCAGACAAAUGGUGUAUGACCCCGAGGACCCAAGAUGCGCACGACUCACGCUUACAGGCGAGAUGGUGGAGGUAGCCCCAGAGGAGCUCGCCUUCGCCGAGGCGGCCAUGUUCUCCAGGCAUCCCGUGAUGGCAAAGUGGCCCGUGGGACACAAGUGGUUCUUCAUGAAGCUGGAGCCGAUCCAAGUGUGGCUGCAGGACUGGACCGGAGGCACGGCGCUCAUUCCGCUGGAGGAUUACUUCAAAGCGUCCCCCUUCUAAGAGUCCUGCUGUUUACUCCCUCUGCGUCGCGUCAGCCUUAAAAAAAAAUAAUAAUAAUAAAUAAAUAAAGAUGAGGUUUUUUUCUUUUUAAACAAUAAUUGGUUCUGCUGGGCUACUCUUGCCAACUAAAUCCCCAUAACAUAAACAUAACUGUUUUGCUUUUUAAAGACAUUGUCUGUGACGUUAUAUCCAAGUCACGCUCACGAUUAUUUUGAAUACAUUUGGACUGCUUUUGAAUUUGUAUCCGAGUCAUUACAAUUGAAUGAUAAGUCUCAGUACACCGCGAUGUAUAAAAUCUAAUGUUGCAACUUGCAGCAUUGUUAGGCCAAAGUACAAUCUAUAGUCUCAUUAAUAUUUUCCACAGUUAAAACUGUCGCAAUCGUAAAACCUGAUGUGUCAAUCAAAAAUGCUGUGUAAACAACUACAUUUGCAUCUUUAACAGGUUUUGUGCUCCACCAAUUAGCCACACGAUGGAAGAAUAGGAACAUUGAACAUUUACGAGGAGUCGCUGUCGCUUGUUGGAAAACAAAGGUUGCGCUUGAUUACAGAUGUAGGACUUCCGACAUUGUCUUCCCGAGUGAAAUGUUUGAAUAAUAAAUCAAUUUUAA